AUGACCCGCAUCAACUACUUCGUCGCCACCAUCCGCCCGCAGUACGAGGCCAUCUUCCACUCCCGCGCCAAGGCCAUCCGGAUCAACAACUUCUUCGACCUCGCCCUGCCGCUGGGCGGCAUCCUCUCCAUCCCCUUCAUCGGCACCGUCCUCGACCGCUUCUCCACCCUGGCCGUCCUCUGCACGCUCGUCACCGUCGCCACCGCCAUCGGCGUCCUCGGCGUCCUGCCCUACAUGUGGGCCGCCUACGCCAACGUCGCGCUCUUCGUGCUCUACCGCCCCUUCUACUACACCGCCGUGUCCGACUACACCGCCAAGGUCUUCGGCUUCCGCACCUUCGGCACCGUCUACGGCACCAUCAUCUGCCUGUCGGGCCUGCUCAACUUCUCGCAGUCGGGCCUCGACUUUUUGUUCCACGAGACCUUCCGCGGCGACCCGAGGCCGGUCAACGUCGGCCUCAUGGCCGUCGGGCUCGCGGUGGGCGUCGUGCUGGUCAUGUACGUGGGCAUCCGGAGCAGGGCCAUCCGGCGGGCGCUGCUGGAGCGCGAGGCGGAGCACGCUUUUGCCAUCCGGGGUGGAGAAUGA